GUUAUACAGUACACUAGUUCCGACACACUUCUCACCUGUUCUCUUAACUCCCUGCUUAGCUUAAGGUAAUUAUCAAAUCAGCACAUCGCUGGAUGCUUCUUUGCACGGGCGUGGUGCUUUUUAAAUGGUGGUUUUCAUAUGUUGGCGACGAUGGACCGAGGGGGGUCUUUGCGGGGCUUCAGGGGGACCAGCCUUGCCCCGAUUCUCAGUCGCAACUUUGUGGCCCCUUACGGAUCGAAGAGCCGGUCUCUGUCGCCCGGCUACUCGGUGGUUCCUAGCAGCAAACGGGAGCUCAUAGGCUGCGCAGCUCGGAAGACUGACACAGAGCCCAAACCUAGGGUUAUACCUGUGCAGUUAAUCGAAACGUACAAACAUGGAGGAAUCCACGCCGUCUCAGCCCUGUACCAACUCUGCCAGGCCCUGCAGUUCCAGCUGCAGCUCAAGGAAACUGUAACACCAGCGAACGUACAGGGGCUUUAUUUUGCCUUCUGCGCUGUAAUUGACGGCAUGGAGUACCGGACCGGAGUGGGCCACACGAAGAAGGAAGCGCGGUCCCAGGCUGCUCAACUAGCUCUGGGUGACCUGCUGCCUACACUGGAGCCCCCAUUAGAUGGCCCCCAGUCCCCUGCUGUGGAUGAGGCUGGGACUGGUGACCCCGUUUCGUAUGCACUUCCAGCGUGUCCUCCACCCCUUCCUGAGAUUGAGAUGAGCUUCUCUUUGCAGAACGUUCAGCCACGGAUGAAGUUCUACGCGAGGAAUCCCGUCGAUGAGCGGAUUCCGGAAGCCGUGAGGCAGCGCUUUGAGAAGCUCAUGGAAAAUUACCCACAGUUCUUCUCCUGCGGAAGCAGCCUGGCGGCUUUCGUUGUUCAGUCAUGUUCAGGAUUUGAGGUGGUGGCCAUAGGAACAGGGGACUUCAACACGAAAGAGACCGUCACCGCUGAUGGCCGCCUCCUUCAUGAUGCCCAUGCGGUCGUGACCGCCCGGAGGUCUCUCUUGCGGUAUCUGUACAGGCAGCUUCUAAUGUUUUUCUGCAAGAACGGCAUUCUGAGGGAGGAGUCGAUAUUUAAGCAGGACGAGACCACGAAGCUGGUAAACCUCAAGGACAACACCUCUGUUCACCUUUACCUGAACCAGCUGCCCAAAGGAGCUGCCCAGAUUCCCUCCCACCUGCGUCUGAAUCCCCACUCCAUCUCUGCAUGGGAGGUGAACAACCAAAUCGGCCUCCAUGUGACGAUCGAGGGGAAGGUCUUCUCUGUCUUCUCCUCCACUAUGGAGCAGACCUCCCCCCGGGUGGUCAGCAUGUCCGCCAGCGACAAGCUGACCCAGUGGCAGGUCCUCGGUGUCCAGGGUGCCCUGCUCAGUCACUUCAUAGAGCCCAUCUACGUCGACAGCAUCCUCAUAGGAGAUGCCACCUGCAGUAGCGUGAGAGGAUUGGAAAUAGCGGUGAACCAGCGUGUGGACGGCAUCACCGGCAAACUGCCCACGUACUACUGCGUGAACCGGGCCCGCGUGGGCCUGGUGCCGGCCAUUUGGCCAGAGGGCCUUGUGGGGUACCGUGCGCUCAGCGUAAACUGGACGCAGGGCGACACGUCUCUGGAGGUCGUGGAUGGGCUGGAAGGACGAGCCUCUGAGGACUCGCCUUUCAAGAGUGGCCCCGCCCUGGCGAGUCGCCUCUGCAAAGCAGCCAUGCUGAGCCGCUUCAAUCUGGUGGUGAAGGAGGCCCAGCGGGCGGAUCUGUGUGCAACAGUCUCGUACAGGGAUGCGAAGAUGAUGUCAAAGUCUUACCAAGAGGCAAAGAAUGUGCUGAAGUCCUACCUGUCCCAGAAGAGCUAUGGGUCCUGGGUGGUGAAGUCCCCCAUAAGCGACUCUUUCAGUAUUUAAAUAAGAGAAGAUUUAAAUUCAGUCAUAGUUUAGACAUUGUGGGUUAACCAAUUUUCAAUCUCCUUUUGUUUGUACGGGCAAUGCCUUCCCUUAUCAAAACAUAAAGUUUAAAAA